AUGCCAACCACCAGAGCUACUACCAAAUCAACCUCUGUUGCUUCCACCUCUAGAUCCAGGAAGAGGCAGGCUUCUGCUGCUGACCAGACUCCUAAGAAGAGGUUGAGGUCUGAUUCCAACAAGGCAUCUAAGAAAGAUCAGGGGGAGGAGGGGCAGGAGGGAGAGGGUCAAAAGGAGGGGAAGGAGGGGGAGGGGCAGGAGGAGGAGCAGGAGGAGGAGCAGGAGGAGGGUCAAGGGGAGGGUCAGGGGGAGGAGGAGGAGGAGGAGGAAGCUUUGGCUGAGCUGGAGGAUGAGGUGGUUGUUGAUAAGCCCAGACAUGGGGGGAAGAGGGGGAAGGAUGUCAUCCUGAACAAGGGGGGGAAAAAAGGCAAAAAGGGGCGCAAAACCAGUGCCCAGAAAAAUGCAGAAGUGGCAGCUGAAGAAGCCAAGCGGGUCAAAAAGCAGACUCACACUAUGAAACUUUUAACCCAAAGGGGUAUNUCAGUUGCACCACCUGCACGUGCUGCUGUUUCUGCUGCNCCUGCUGCUUCCUCCAUCCCUUCCAGUUCUGCUGCUUCUUCUGUUCCUGUUGUCCCUGAUGUUCAGGCUAUCCCUGCUACUCUUGUUCCUGCCGUUGCUGAUAUUCAUGCUAUUUCUGCUGUUUCUCCUGCUAUGCCCACUGUUUCUGCUGUUUCUGCUAUUCCCACUGCAUCCACUGGUUCUGCUAUUUCCACUGUUUCUGCUGUUUCUGCUGCUGUUUCUGCUGCUGUUCUUUCUGUUUCUAAUACCACUGUUCCUAUUUCUACCACUGCUCCAUUGACUUCUGGUGAUGAACCAGGAGAUGUCUCUAUGGAAAGCCCUCCUCGUCCUGAGGGUUCUUCACGUGCCACUGGAGGCAUUUUGCGGAACAGAGCUAUGGGUCAACAUUACAAUCCUGUUGACGAUGAAGAUUUUCAGAUUGCUCCUGUCUUAGGAAAAGUCAAGGGUGUUGUUAAGAUAUAUGUUUCACCUCUAGAUCCUGUUGAACUGGAAUUUGCCACCAUGCAACCAAGUCUGAAGGUUCCUGUCACUGUCAACAUGAACUUGGGACCAGUUCUUAAAGAAGUAGCUCUUCGCUGGCCACCAAUUACUCGUACAAUAAAAAGCUGCAGAAAGUUUCUCAAAAGGCUAUUGAGCCCAUACAAAUCAUCUGUCCUAUUGACAUGGAGUGCGAAACUGCCUCAUGUAACUCCCGACAUAUUGGAGUAUAUACUUGUCAACGUGAUAUGCCUCUGGUGA